AUGAAAGAUGUGUAUAUUGCCUAUGAUGAUAUUGCUCAUUCUGCUGCAGUUCGUGCCACUGCUGUUUCUGGUGCAGCUGCUGCCACUGCUGUUGCUGCUGCAGCUGCAGCCUCUGUUGUUUCUGUUGCUGCUGCUGCACCUGCAUUAACUUCUGAAAUUCCGUCCCGUGACCGCGAGAUUCCCACUAAAAAGCGUCCUCUAGAAGACACUGACAAAAAUGUUGAUGAGGACUCUUCCUGUGAAACACCCGUUGCCAGGAAGCCGAAGCCAAGUCCUGAAGAUCUGUUGGAAGUGGAAAAAGGAGAUGAAAUGCAGGUCGAUGUGGCUCCCACUUCCGCACAAGGAAUUAUACCGCCACGAACAGAUAAUGACGCAGCUGGUAGUGACCUUUCACGGAAAUGUGACCCUGAGCCUGAAGUCACAGCUGCAAUAACCGCAUCAAGUGCACAGCCCAUACAGUGCGAACAGUACGAGGAAGUACCAAGUAAACAACCUGCUGACUCCGAAGCGCAACACCGCGCCGAAGUAGGAAAUAAACAAGCAUCACCGCCUCGCCAGAAAGACAACACAUCAGACAACACGCCGGAGCCAAAUAUUGACGACUCGCAAGCCACCGCCGUUGCGCCAGACGGCCACCGUCGGAGGCUGCGACCGAAACCAGGUCUUGCUGUCACGCGUCAUCAAGCGAAAGCCACACCAGAGAAGAAAGACAUCAAGAAAAAGAAUAUUAAAUAUGAAGUCAUCAGAGCCAACACUGACGAGGAGAAAGACGACAGUGACUUAUAG